AUGUUGGAAGCACGAUUGGAGCAGGCGAGCCUCCUGAAGAAGGUUGUCGACGCCAUCAAGGAUCUGGUGCAGGACUGCAACUUCGACUGCAAUGACAGCGGUAUUGCGCUCCAGGCGAUGGACAACAGCCACGUUGCGCUCGUGUCCAUGUCGUUGAAAGCCGAGGCCUUCGCGCCGUUCCGGUGCGACCGCAACAUCGCGCUGGGCGUCAACCUGACGUCGCUCACAAAGGUCCUCCGCGCCGCCCAGAACGAGGACAUCCUGACCCUCAAGGCGGAGGACGCGCCCGACAGCCUCAACCUCGUGUUCGAAAGCUCCGCGAACGAUCGGAUCUCUGAGUACGACCUCAAGCUUAUGGACAUUGACCAGGAGCACUUGGGCAUUCCCGACACCGAGUAUUCCGCCACCAUUUCCAUGCCCUCUGCCGAGUUCCGGCGGAUUUGCACGGAUCUGAUGGCCAUGUCCGAGUCUGUCACAAUCGAGGCGGCCAAGGACGGCGUCAAGUUUUCGUGCAACGGCGAUAUUGGCAAUGGAUCCGUCACCCUACGAAACCACACCAAUGUCGAAAAGCCCCAAGAGAGCGUCGAGAUCUCGCUUAGCGAGCCAGUCUCGCUCACGUUCUCCCUGAAAUACCUGACAAACUUCUGCAAGGCGUCCACGCUCUCCGCCCAAGUCAAGAUCUGCCUGUCGAACGAGGUUCCCCUCCUGGUCGAGUACAACCUGGCGGGUAGCGACACGGCGAAUAACAGCCAUUUGCGAUUCUAUCUGGCACCCAAGGUACGUUUACGUCCGCAGAAUGUGGGCAACAAGAUCGCGGUGUUUACCAUGCAGUCGCUUGGUUGUGAGGUUGCUGCCUUGAACACCGUCCAGUUCAGUUCACAAUGGAAGGGGACAAGAGUAUCGGCGGAGGAGAUUCUGGACCUGUACGAGGGGCUCCGGCAGUCGUAUCUUGACCGGUUCGACAUGAUGCUCUCCGGCUACAUCCCCGGUGCUGCGGCAGUCGAGGCGGUCGGGCGCAUAGCGGAAGAUCUCAAGAGGAGGGCCAAGUCGGAGCCUGGCAGUUUCUUCUGGGUCCUGGAUCCCGUCAUGGGCGACAAUGGCAAUCUUUACGUGGCGCAGGAUGUCGUCCCCGCCUACAGGAACCUGGUCCACCAUGCCGACCUGAUAUUGCCCAACCAAUUCGAGGCGGAGCUUCUCUCCGAAGUCAAGAUCGAAGACAUGGACUCCCUCGGCAAGGCCAUCCAGGCCAUGCACGAGCGGUACGGCAUCCCGCACAUCGUCAUCACCUCGGUGUCGCUGGAGCACCCGGGCCGGCCCGACCGGUCCCUCUGCGUCGUCGGCUCGACCAUGACGUCGGGCCGCGGGGCGCGGCCGUUCCGGAUCGUCUUCCCGGCGCUCGACUGCUACUUCAGCGGCACGGGCGACAUGUUCGCGGCGCUCAUGGUGGCGCGCAUGCGCGAGGCCGCGCUGGCCGUGCCGGGCCUGAUGGGGCGCGAGUCGUGGGCCAGCGGGGACGAGGUCGCCGCGGCGGAGCUGCCGCUCGCGAGGGCGGCGGAAAAGGUCCUGGCCAGCAUGCACGAGGUGCUGGACAAGACGUGCGUGGCCAUGACGGCCGAGAUGGAGAGGGCUAGGGCGGCCAUGGCCCAGGGGGCGGGGGCGGGGGCCGGGACGGAGGAGGAGGACCGGAAGAAGCUGCAUCUCUUGCAGAGCAGGGCGGCUGAGCUGAGGUUGGUGAGGAACCUGGAUAGCUUGCGAGCCCCGAAGGUGCAGUUCCGGGCGAUAGGGAUGUAG